UAUUUAAUAUAAAUCUAAUGGGAUUUCUUGUGCUGGCCUCAACCUCAACUCGACGGCAAUGGCUUGUUGAUUGAGAAGUUGCGCCGCCGCAGCCGCUUCCUCUUCUUCAUCUUCUUCUUCUUAUAAAUAUAUACACAUAUAUAUAAAAGCGAGGGAGGGAGGGAGGGAGCGAGGAGCAGGACGACGAGGGAAGGAGAGAAGAGACUGCAAGAUUUCGCCCGCCUCUCGCAGUCGUCCCCCUUGCAAGUUCCAACCCCCCACAGCAUCUGGAGGCCCUCGUUAGGGUUUCCACCCGCACCCGCACCGGAGGUACCCCUCCAAUGCUGCUGUGAUGGACCAUCCUUUCAACCCGCCAGGUCCUGCCGUGCCCCCUGCCUCCAAGCCCAGGCAGAUGGCUGCAAGUAACAACCCUUGGAGGAUCCUUCAACCACCGCUGCUCAAUGCACACGCUGGCUUGGGCGAUGCAAGCCUCUUCUCAACCUCGCUGCCGCUUCUUCCUCACGAGAAAUUGAACUUUCCUGAUUCUGCACAUGGUACCCCGUCAAUGGAUGACACUUCUGCCAAAAUGAAAGUGCUUGAUGAUGACCCAGAAGAGAAGGACUACAAGUUUGAUUUUGAUCUUCGCCAGAUAGAUGACUUGCUGCCUGACGAAGAUGAGUUUUUCGCUGGGAUCACAGAUGAGAUCGAACCAGUUGGGAAGACAAAUAACACGGAGGAGUUGGAAGAGUUUGAUGUAUUUGGCAGCGGAGGGGGCAUGGAGCUGGACUUGGAUCCUCUGGAGAGUGUCACGGCUAGUUUUGCGAAUUCAAGUAUUGCUGAUGGGGCUAGAGGCAAUGGGAUCAGCCCUUAUGGUGUCCCAAGCGCUGCCGGGACUGUGGCUGGGGAGCAUCCGUAUGGAGAACACCCUUCCAGAACAUUGUUUGUAAGGAACAUCAAUAGCAAUGUUGAAGACUCUGAACUGCGCUCUCUUUUUGAGCAAUAUGGGGAUAUCAGAACCCUCUACACUGCAACAAAGCACAGGGGUUUUGUAAUGAUAUCUUAUUUUGAUAUCCGGUCGGCACGCAAUGCAAUGCGUGCGUUGCAGAACAAGCCUCUGAGGAGGAGAAAGCUGGACAUCCAUUUUUCCAUCCCAAAGGAGAAUCCAUCUGACAAAGAUUUAAACCAAGGAACUCUUGUUAUAUUUAACUUGGACCCGUCAGUUUCUAAUGAAGAGGUUCGCCAGAUUUUCGGGGUAUAUGGUGAAGUAAAAGAGAUAAGAGAGACACCAAACAAAAAGCAUCAUAAGUUUAUAGAGUUCUAUGAUGUAAGAGCAGCAGAGGCUGCUCUUCGAUCACUUAAUAAAAGUGAGAUAGCUGGAAAAAGAAUCAAGUUGGAACCAAGUCGUCCUGGUGGAACACGUAGAAACUUGAUGCAGCAGCUUGGUCAUGAUUUGGACCAAGAGGAGCCCAGAAGCUAUAGACAUCCUCAUGUUGGUUCACCUAUUGCUAACUCUCCUCCAGGUACCUCUGUUGGAGCUUUGCUGUUUCAUGUAUUUUGCAAUCACUCACUUGUUUGUAAAAGUUUUAUUUAUCCUUGUGUGGCAGGGGUAUGGGCUCACUAUAGUAGUCCAACAGAUAACAACAUGUUGCAGGCUUUCAACAGGUCUCCAACCGGAAAUGGAAUGAGUCCAAUCGGAAUGCCUUCGCUAAUGUCAAAUGCUGUGAAGAUUGCACCUAUUGGGAAGGAUAGCAAUCGGUCUAAAUAUGAUCAAAUAUUCUCAAAUGGCAACCAGUCCCUGGGAACUGCAUUUCAGCACUCCCACUCAUACCAGGAUCGCAACAGUGAACAUUUGAAUUCUAGUCCUGGGACUUUAUCUGGGCCCCAAUUUCUCUGGGGUAGUCCGAAGCCCUAUUCAGAAACCUCUCAAUCCCCUGUUUGGCGUCCACCAGCAAUUGGGUCUGCAUUGUCAUCUAAUAGCCGCUCUCAGGGGCUAGGCUUCUUGCACAGCAGCCGUCAGGCUUCGUUAUUUGGGUCUUCAGAUCAGCACCACCACCAUCAUCAUGUUGGUUCUGCCCCUUCAGGUGCUCCAUUUGAGAGCCAUUUUGGCUUCUUACCUGAAUCGCCAGAGACAUCUUUUAUGAAGCAAGUCAGGUUUGGGAACAUGGGAAAUAUUGGUACUGGCAGAAACGGGGCAGGCCUCAUGCUGAACUUGGCUGGCCGUGCUUCUUUGAGUUCUGUUUCUUCUCUGAGUGGAAGUCUGACAGAUAAUAGUUCUAGUAACUUCAGACCGAUGCUGUCACCAAGAUUGGGACAUGCAUUCUACAGUAACCCCACAUACCAAGGUCCUGGCUCUUUCGGACUUGACAGCUCAAUUGAUCGUGCCCGUAACCGCCGAGUUGACAGCAGUGCGCUCCAAGCCGAUAGCAAGAGGCAGUACCAGCUUGAUUUGGAGAAGAUUAGCAAAGGCGAUGAUACUAGGACGACAUUGAUGAUUAAAAACAUUCCCAACAAAUAUACAUCUAAGAUGCUUUUGGCUGCGAUUGAUGAACUUCACAAAGGGACUUAUGACUUCUUCUAUCUGCCUAUUGAUUUUAAGAACAAAUGCAAUGUUGGAUAUGCAUUCAUUAACAUGAUAUCACCAACACACAUUAUAUCAUUCUAUCAGGCAUUUAAUGGGAAGAAAUGGGAGAAGUUCAACAGUGAGAAAGUAGCCUCCUUGGCUUAUGCUAGAAUCCAAGGACGGACUGCGCUGAUAUCACAUUUUCAGAAUUCAAGCUUGAUGAAUGAGGAUAAGAGGUGCCGGCCCAUUCUUUUUCAUCCCAAUGGUCUGGAAUCUGGAAAUCAGGAAGCAUUUCCUAUCAAUGGCAUAUGCAUCCACAUGCCUGUGGAAGAUGGGACAGGUGAUUCACUUGACGAUGAAGAUGACGUGAAGACAGGAGAGAGCUCCAUGCAUAUGGCCGGGAGCUUGUGAUGAUAACCAAAAAAAAUCUAACUGUCUAGAGUGAAGGUAUCGACCCCCAAAUUGUAUAAAGAAAGAGGUGGAUUUUGUGCCGUGGUGUGGCAUGGGAUAUCUAGUGGUUUUUGUGGCAACUGAUGUCGCCCCCCAGAAGCUGAAAGUCUGGAAGCGAGCUUGAAGUUGGAGCUGGGAGCUUGCUAAUGAUUAGGCCCGCCCGCACCCCUGUGUACAGAUAGAUGUGAUUGGAUCCAUGCUUGCUCGCUUGCUUUUGGUUGUCGUGCUGUAAGGAGACAUUUGGACAAACUGUACAGUGAAAACUUUGUGUUGAUCGGUUCUGAUUAGCUCGCUUCGAAAA